CUGAACUUUCAUUCAGACUGUGAUUAAAUUAUUCAACGAUGAAAAAAAGGCUGUAUCUGUGUAUCAACAAGAUUAUUUUUACAACUGAAAGUGUUGCUCUGGUUAGCCAGUAGAGAUAGUACCAGACUAGUUAUCAUAUAUUUUAUUGGCCAUAUUUCUGAAAAUAUCAAGAUGUUUGAAGGCAGUGGAUUGGAUACCAUCAAAGACUACACUUAUUCUGCCCUGAAUUCCUUGAUGUCAACUUACUGGGCUUAUGAAGGAGAACAAGAAGUUUUUGAAGCAUCAGAUGAACCUGUCUGGAUUCUGGGUGAAAAAUAUGACACAAGAGAAGAUAUUAAAGGAGCUCAACAUGAUAUGCUGUCAAGAAUAUGGCUCACCUAUCGCCGUCUAUUUCCCUCAUUGGGUGACCCAAGCGACAUGACGUCUGACCGUGGGUGGGGCUGCAUGUUGCGCUGUGGCCAGAUGCUACUGGCCGAGGCACUUGUCAGGCUUAAUUUAGGUCGUUCAUGGCGAUGGACUACAGAAUGCAGCGAUGAGAAUUACUUGAGAAUAGUGAGAUUAUUUGAAGACCAACCAAGCGCUCCAUACUCCUUACACGUCAUGACGUCAUUGGGGCAAGCAACGGGCAAGAACAUUGGUGAAUGGUACGGUCCCAACACCGUCGCUCAUCUCAUCAGGCGAUUGCGUGCCAAUGAAGAAUGGAGUAGCUUUGCUGUAUCGGUACCCAUCAACAAUGUGAUGAUAGUGGACCAAACACGUGCCCUGAGUAAAAAGUCAGACGGAUCUUGGAAGCCAUUGCUGCUCUUACUGCCUCUCCGCCUCGGUGUGGACACCUUGAAUGAUAUCUACAUUGAAACCUUAAAAAGAUUUUUCCACGUACCUCAAGGCCUCGGCAUCCUAGGAGGUGCCCCGUCAAAAGCACUAUUUCUUAUUGGCUAUGUUGGCCAAGACGUGCUGUAUCUGGACCCACACACAACUCAAGACAGCGUGAGCGUGGGGCGAAAAGAGACGAGCGAGGAGCAGCAGGCGGACCUGACUUACCACUGCCGCUGUACACCGCGCAUGCCUUUCAUCCGCCUUGAUCCCUCCAUUGCUAUGUGUUUCCUCUGCAAGACGGAGAGUGAAUUUGAUGACCUGAUCACACGUUUGCGCUGCAACCUCCACGACACGUCCAGCGACUCCGUUACCACGACCGGCGUUGCCAGCACCCUCAUCGAAGUUAUGGAUACUCUGCCUGAUUACAUGAAGGACUCGGACGACGACUGUGAUGACGACCAAGACAAAGACUUGAAAGCUAUUAAUGCCAAUUCUGACAGCAUGGCGAACAACGCGGUCUCUGUUGCCCGCGAUAAUACUGCUUCUGAUAGCAACACGCCUGUGGAUGUCAGUGGUGUAACCAGACACAAAGUUGAGAAUACUAAAAAUAAUAUACCAGGUGAAAUAAACUCGCUUGAUUUCUUAGACGUCAAAGAUGGUUCAUUAGAGGGCAAGAAUGGCUCGAGUUCUGAAGAGAUUUAUGCGGACUGCCUCGAAUCUCACGAUGGCGAAUCGGACGGAGGUUAUGGCUGUGCAUUGAAAGGAAGUCCUGCUUUUGAUUGUUGUAAUGUCAGCGGAAACUUAGACUCUUCUCAUGAUCGUAAAAUCUCUGAUUGUGGUUCUAAAGCAGAAAUUGAAUUUUUUCCGACUACUGAUGGUGCUGACGAUAAAUCAAAAAGCCUGGUUAGUGAAGGAGGUCCUGAAUGUUUUUCUGAGCCAUCCAGCACGCUAGGUCAUUACAGGGAUUUCGAGUUUCUGUGAUCUUUUGAAUUUUGGACCAAUUUAUAUGUUUUAUAAAUAUGUAAGUUGAUUUAAUAGAAAUAUGUAUAGAAAGCUUUUCUAAUACGUACACGUUUUUAAAUGAUUUUCCGCAGAAACACCGUUGAAUUUGUAUUUUAAAAAUCAUUUAAUCUUGUAUAAUGGUUAUGGCCAAUUUUUUCCAUGACCAUCGUUGUGUAUACGAUUCAUCUCGUUGUGUUUUUUCACUAUUUUACUAGCAAAAAAGAGAAAUUGGCAAUUUUAAUGUUGAAUUUAGGUUUCAAGGCCAAAGAUAGACAUUUUAGAGCAGCGUACUGUAAUUUCUUUAUUAAAUCAUUUUAUUUCAUGACAAUCUGCAUCGCGAUUUAAUUUUUCAAAUAAAAUGGAUUUUCCUAAAGAUAUUUAUAACAGAAACACGCGAGGUAAUGAGAUGUGUCAGCAAGGGGAUCACCAAAUAACUUCAUCUGUUCAUGGUUUCUCAAAUUGAAUUUAUUUUAUUCUUACGUUUCAUAUUUACUGGCUUUGCAGACGAGGAACCUUCGAGACUCUCAGUACUUUUGAUGUUUUUUGAUAAUUUAAAUGGUUAGAAUUUGGUGACAGCAGAAGUUUGAUUCAUAAUAGUGCAUAUGCAAAUUUAGAAGCACAAAAAUAUCUUGAACCUGUGAAUGCGGUUCCAAUAAUUGCUAUGAAUGUGGGUUGUCUGUUUGAAUGUGCGCCAGCUAAUUACCUCGUGAUGAGUUAAUGUCCUUGAUAUUACUCUGUACUCAAUGCCAUUCUUUUUAGCUGUACGAAGUUUCAGAAGAUCUUGUAUAUAAUUUGUGAAGCACCAACACGUCGAUAUUUAUUUUGAUGAAGCAGUUGAUGUCUUUCGUAGAUGGCUUGGGGCUUACGGUGAAAAAAUUCUGCAAUUUAUUUUUGUUGAUAAAAAUUUCUAAAAUAUGUUGUAGCAUUGCACGUAUAUUUACCGCUGCAAGAGGCGAAGCUUCUUCAGUGUAAAUCGGGUCAGUCUAUACCCAGGGUGUGGAACUGAAAUGGUGGACUUAUCACAUUCUUUUGAAAAUAUUAGUUAAACAUGACGCCUACAAUGCUACUCGAUCUAUGUAACACACUAACUAAGCUACUUGAAUUUUAUUUCUCGACUCCAGGUUUGCCUCUUCCUUGAAAUCUUGUUUUGGAAAGCCGCUGUUAUUUAAUUCAGAUUCUUGAAAAGUCAUGACGUUACUGGUCAGAAAAAUUUUGUGAAGGUUUAAUUCCAUGCGCCAUAUUUUUAUAAUUUCAUGCCUUUAAGUUUGAUGACUGUGGUCUUCUUCUGGCUAAUUAAAAUAAAACAACAUUUUAAAAUAAAUAAAAAUUUUUAAUAUUGAGUUCUAAACCUCACUGCACUUUGGGUAUUCGAUUGUUACGCUUUAAUUGCAAAAAAUGUGAUUUUCCAUGUCAUUACAAAGAAAAGCAGUUAACACGUGAAGCAAUUUACUGGAGUUUUCCAAAUUUAUCCUUACGUUUUUUUCUUAAUAUUCGUGAUUUCUUCUAUUCAUAUCAAAGGCGCUAGAAUUAAAGUUACUUUGAAUUUUCGUGAUGGUAUGUAAAAUGUUUGCACGGCUACCAUCUAGAAUGUUCUAAGGAAGAAUAUAAGUUAAUUUGCAAGUUAUUUCAUGGUGAUAUCUUGCAAAAUUAUAUUUACAUAAGGAGUCCUUGUUUGUUGGUGUAAUUUUCCGUUGUACUGCCAUUGUGGAGUAAAGGGAGUUGAAAUAAUUUUGCGAUGAAAGCACUUUUCCAUCGAUUUAUUAGUUUUCUUGAGUAUGUUUCUUAUUGAUUCGAACUGUAAUUUACAUGUUUUCUAUGCUGUGUACGCCGUUUUUAUGUUUUAUAUUUAGUGUAGCUCAUACUGCCAUUUUUUUUCCAACUUGAGCGUAUUUGUGUAAAAAAUAUGAUGAUGGCUAAACACCCCAAUUAUUCUUGGUACACUUCGCCCUAGA